UGAUUUUAACAUGUAUUAUUUUUGUAGGAUGGAAUAUCAAAUGAACAACAAUCUGAGAGCUCAUUUGGGAAAAGUUACCACUUAUCGUAACUUUUUCAGCUUUGCGACAGUGAUUGAAGGGCUGGACGAGGAGCACAUCGAGAUACUCCAUCGAUCGUUUUUAUGGUCCUUCUAUCCAUUGAAGGGCGUGCAAUUCUCUGGACAGAUUAUUGAUUCCUUAUUACUCCAGCUGCUUAAACCAGUCGAUGACGAUCAGCUUUAUUUUGCUAUGGGGGACGGGAAGGUAUCGAGAUUCUCGAUCCUUGAAUUUGCCCUCAUUACAGGUUUGAGAUGUACUGGAGAAGAAGAAGUGAGAACUCGUAUUAUACCAAAUAAAAGGUUAUUGAAUUUAUGUUUUGGAGGUAAAGGGCCGGUUACACCACCACAGUUAGAGGACGCAUUUAGGAGAUGCGAUCACAUGUUAGACAAGUUGAAGUUAGGUUUGGUGUAUAUAUUGGAGAGUAUAUUGAGGUGUCGACAUCGUAGGACGUCGAUUGACCUUUUUUCAUUGGAUGUUGUUGAUGAUAUCGAUGCUUUCAACAGCUUUUCAUGGGGUCGGAGAUGUUACACCGAUACUCUUCACGUAUUUAGAAGGGUACAUACUAUGCCGAAAUCGGAAAUGGGCGAGCGCAAAUAUGAUGUAUAUGGCUUUUGCAUGGCUUUGCAGUUGUGGGCAUAUGAGGUUAUCCCUACUUUGGGUAGCAAAUGGGCGAUCAGAAGGGAGAUUAACUGCCCACGAAUGCUUCAUUGGCGAGCACAUGAGAAGCCAUCGGCUAAGAUUUGACAGUUAUCCUCAACGAUCCUCAGUUCAUGCUGAGUUGGUUGUUUCGAUGAAAGAAGAAGAUCAAAUAUAUGUACGUGAAUUACAUGUUCCACCUACUGAAAACGAUCCAGUGUUUGAGUCUGUUCCGAAUAGAAAUAGAGAGCGUCAUCCAGUAGAACGACGAGCAUUUUCACUUAGGAGAUUUCCUUCACAUCCACCGAUGAGAUCUCCGUCGCCUCCACUGAUGAGAUCACCUCUACCGCCAUUAUCACAUUCUCCGAGGAGAUCUCCAUCUCGCGCACCCACCCAUCUCUCACGUGGAUCGCCUGCACCCAGUCAGACCCGUCAUUCAGAUGAUUUCUUUGCACGCAUGACUGGUAUUAUUAGAGAGGAGUUGGGAAUGAUGCGACGUGAUUUUACGACAGAGGUAGUAGCACUACGAGAGGAGAUAGGGUUGUUGCGACGGGAUUUUACGAUAGAGGUAGUAACACUACGAGAUGAGAUUGGAGUGCUGCGAUGAGAUAUAGGAGACCUUCAUACCGAAGUUGCAGCACUUCGAGGUGGAGGUGCAGGAGGAGGCCGAGAUAGAGGGGAUGGAGGAAGGGACAGGGGUGUCGGAAUGGGUGAUCGAGGAGGUAGCGGAGGGGAUACCAGAGGUGGUAGUAGAGGGGGUUGCAGAGGGCGAGAAGACGCCAGAGAUGACAGAUGACGAUGUAAUAUUUGUGUCGGAGGGGGUGAUGGAGGUGCGAAGGGUAAGAAGCGUGCUAAUGACGCGCCAGAGCUGAUGGUCGGUAAGAGAUCGAGAUUGUCAUCACAGUACAUCGUCUCCCCAUACACGAUCGAGGCGAAGAGAAGAGGGUUUGUUGAUGGGACGUUUCCCAAUCUUUUUUGUGACGUCGACCCGGUGAUUGGUUCAAAUCCCUUAAGUUCGACUAUACCAUCGACAGUAUGAUUGUGCUCAACGCUAAAAAGUGGUUCGAAAAUGUAUUGACGACCUCAGCUUGACUCGCCGAUGAUCAUAUCAACUUGGCUAUGGAAUUGUUACGCAAUCGGGCUCAGAGAUACCCGAGAUCUUAUGACAGUCCUAGUCGAGUUAUCCUAAACUCUGAGUUUGUGUGGUAGAUAUUGAGCAUCACGAGCUCCUAAGCAAGAGGAAUGAAUAUGUUCUGUCUGAGUACAUGCUGGAAUGGAUGAUCGGGCUACAGCUGAGGUGCGGAAAGUCGUGGACGGAUUGUACAUGUAUGUACAUUCCAGUGAUCGCGAACUCACACUGUUUUUCAAUGGAGAUCGUAUUUGCUAAUUCCACUAUGUAUGUGUACGACUCUUAUCAUAGCUGUCUGACACAAAGUCAACUGGAGCAAAUAUUGGAGCCAAUAGCUGUGAUCGUGCCCAUGAUGGCUAGUCAUGCGAUGAUCGAGCAAAUGACAAAUUAGUCAUUGUGCAGAACGAGACGACGGCAAGACAAGAAAGAUCGGGCAACUGUGACUUAUUUGCAAUAAAGUACAUAGAAUUUUUUAGCAUUGGUUGCAAUGUUGAUACAAUAAAUCAGUCUUGGAUUGAUACGUGGAGGCAUAAAUUAGCUUGUGAUUGUGAUCCUUAGUGCAUUGUAUAUUAUUUUAUUAAAAUGUAAAUGUUGCUUACUUCAGUA